CGGGGUGUGGGGGACGGUCCUUCCCAUGCCAGGUCUGGCCUGAGGAGCUGGGGUUCGCCAGGACAGGGGGUGUGCGAUAUCUCCUCCCCUUUCUCCUCCUCCGCUGGCCCCCUCCCCUUCCUCCUCCUAUCCCCUCCCCUGCCCAGAGCAGCCGCGGUUGCCUUCCAGCCCUCGGAUCUGGGCGCCUGUCCGUCCUGGGAGAAGCGAGCUUGGUGCGGGUUUGGCCAAGGGAAGAGCCCUCCUCCCUCAGGAUCACCACCCCCACUCCCCGACACCCGGGCUUCGGGGAGUCUAGGAGCCCAGGGACAGGGCCUCCAACCCCGGGGGCCAACGGCCUCGGCGAUCAGUGGAGAAAGAGGAGGAGAGAGGGAGAGCUAGAGUCGGAGCGAGGAGGUGGAGGAGGAGGAAAGAGAGAGGGAGACGAGAGGGAGGAGAAGAGCGGCCGUAGCCAACAGCGGCGAGGACUAGAGCAGAGACGAUCGGCCGGUCGCGAUCGCCAGUGGGCUGGGGAAUCGCCGCUGCUCCCCCGUGAUGUCGGGAAUGGGUUGGGCCAGGUUGGGGAGAACAAGGCACCGCCCUCUGUGACCUCAAGAGCCGCCUUAUCUAGGGAGGUCACUGGGUGGGGCCGGGCGGGGGGGGGGGGCUGGCCCCCCAGCAGAGGGUCCAUUCUGCAGCUCUUACACCGAGAACAGCAGAGCAGGCAGCUUGCUGACCCUCCCCUCUUCUGGGGAGGGGGGCGGGGACACCCCCUGCAACAUGAGCUGGGAGCUAGGCCGGGGACAGGGCCGUCGGGGAGGUGGCCCCACAGCCCGGUGAUCCGCCUCCCCCAGGCAGACAGAGGCAGCGACAGGGCUGCCGCCGCCGCCGCUGCUGCUGCUGCUUGGGCAAUGGAUGGAGCAGGAACCAGGAGGGACGCAGACUUGGUGCCUUCCAGGUCCCGGGGCCGCCUGGGCUGGUGACUGGGGGAGCUUGAGAUUUAGCCCCUGAUGUGACGAGGGGCUACCUGAGAGGUAGAAAGAAGAGGAGGAAGGAGGAAAGGGCCAGCCGGGAUCGCAGGGGCGUGACCCCACCCUCCCCUGCCAGGAUUUUGACUGAGAUCGGUGCUUUCCAGGCUCAGACGACCCAAGAGUCCAGGACCCCGCACCUCCAGGCGGAGGCACGAAAGCCAGGCUGAGGGGGCUGGCUGUUGGCUCCUCUUGUAGCUCCGGGCCGUGGAGGCCUGGACUGGACCAUUCACUGACUCAUGGACAUCAGCAGCUGCAGGCUAGCUCAGCCGAAGGUGGUUUGACUGUGGUCAGGGAAGCCUCUCCUGCUUCCUGACCCCUUCCCCUCUGAGAAGAGGGACAACUGGACUUUCUCAGCUCUUGGGCCCCCUCAGGUGUGGCUGCACCAUGUCCAGGCCAGGCCCGGGAGCCUUGAUCUCCAUUAAUGGCCUGGGUUUCCCACCCCAAAACCUGGCCAGGGUGGUAGUGUGGGAAUGGCUGAAUGAAUACAACCGGUGGCGCCCCUACACGGCCACAGUGUGCCACCACAUCGAGAAUGUGCUCAAGGAGGAUGCCAGGGGCAGCGUGGUCCUGGGCCAGGUGGAUACCCAGCUGGUGCCCUACAUUAUUGACCUGCAGUCCAUGCACCAAUUCCGCCAGGACACAGGGACUAUGCGACCAGUGCGAAGGAACUUUUACGACCCGUCCUCGGCGCCCGGGAAGGGCAUCGUGUGGGAGUGGGAGAAUGACGGCGGCUCCUGGACGCCCUAUGACAUGGACAUCUGCAUCACCAUCCAGAACGCCUACGAGAAGCAGCAUCCGUGGCUGGACCUUUCCUCGCUGGGCUUCGGCUACGUGAUUUAUUUCAACAGCAUGUCGCAGAUGAACCGGCAGACCCAGCGGAAGAGGCGGGUGAGGCGGCGCAUGGACCUGGCUUACCCGCUCACCAUCGGCUCCAUCCCCAAGUCCCAGUCCUGGCCGGUGGGCGCCAACUCGGGCCAGCCGUGUUCUUGCCAGCAGUGCCUGCUAGUCAACAGCACCCGGGCUGCUUCUAAUGCCAUCCUUGCCUCACAGAGGAGGAAGAUGUACCAAGCUUCGGGCACUGGCACAGGGACGGGCACCUUGCCCGUGCGCCAGAGUAACACCUUCAAUGGGACCGGGACUACACUGUGGGCCGGGAGCACUGGCCCUGCGGGAGGGGCGGCCAAGGGGGAGCCCGGGCGGUCACCUGGUGGGGCUCCAGGGGGCAACUUUGCUCGGAGCCAAAGUGCUCCUGGUGGUGCCCAGCUUCCCAGACAGAACAAUCUGAACCGGCCCGGGACUCAGCGUGUGGCUGUCCUGAGUACCAGGGCAUCUAUUCCACCUGGGGUCCCAGCACUCCCUGUGAAGAAUCUGAAUGGCACAGGACCUGUGCACCCAGCCCUGGCAGGGAUGACAGGAAUCUUGAUGUGUGCAGCUGGGCUGCCUGUCUGCCUGACCCGGGCUCCUAAACCCAUCCUACACCCACCUCCCAUUAAUAAGAGUGACAUCAAGCCUGUACCAGGCAUCCCAGGCAUCUGCCGGAAAACCAAGAAGAAACAUCUGAAAAAGAGUAAGAAUCCCGAGGAUGUGGUUCGGAGAUACAUGCAGAAGGUGAAGAGUCCACCUGAUGAGGACUGCACUAUCUGUAUGGAACGAUUGGUCACCGCAUCCGGCUAUGAAGGUGUUCUGCGCCACAAGGGCGUGAGGCCAGAACUUGUGGGCAAGCUGGGCAAGUGUGGGCACAUGUACCACCUCCUGUGCCUGGUGGCCAUGUACAACAAUGGCAACAAGCAGGAUGGAAGCCUUCAGUGUCCCACCUGUAAGGCCAUUUAUGGGGAGAAAACAGGGACUCAACCCCCGGGGAAGAUGGAAUUCCACCUCAUCCCCCAUUCACUCCCUGGCUACACAGACACCCAGACUAUCCGAAUCGUCUACGACAUCCCUACUGGAAUCCAGGGUCCUGAGCAUCCCAACCCUGGCAAGAAGUUCACAGCGAGAGGCUUCCCCCGGCAUUGCUACUUGCCCGACAACGAGAAGGGCCGCAAGGUGCUCCGACUGCUCAUCAUGGCCUGGGACCGGAGGCUGAUUUUCACUAUUGGCACGUCCAACACCACCGGUGAAUCAGACACCGUGGUCUGGAACGAGAUACACCACAAGACAGAGUUUGGCUCCAACCUCACUGGGCAUGGCUACCCGGACCCCAACUACCUGGACAAUGUCUUGGCAGAGCUCACAGCCCAGGGGGUCUUGGAGCCGUCUUCAAAGGACUGAGACCUGGCUCCCUCCUCCAGGCUGUCCAUGCUUCUUGCUCUACUGGACAUCUCACUCUUCCAACCCUUCACCUUCUGCCACUGCUCCCCACCCCACCUCCUCCAACAGGCAGGCUGCCGGGAUCUCUCCUACCUGGGGAAGUGGAAAUAGUCCUACCAAGGUCCAGGCUGGGGACAAAUAUUUCAAUCUCCCCUCCUUCAGUAUGACGGCAAGUGACAAAUUGACAAGCAAACAUACAUUCUUGGGAGGGAGAUAUGCACCAAAAAACAACCCUCCAACAAAAUACCCUGGGCCCCUGAAUGAAAUUACUUCCCAUUUUUACAGCAUUCAGUUUACAAAACACUUCCUCACAACAACCCUAUGAGGUGGGCAAGUCAGGUAAUCAUGGUUCCAUUUUACAGAUGAAUAAACUGAAGUUCAGGCAAGGGGAAAGUGACUUAGAACUGGAAAAAAAAUCUUAGAGAUCUGCUGGCCUGAAUGACUCAUCUGCUCAAAGCAGAAGACUUAUCCAGGACCACACAGCCAGGUAAUAACAGAUCCAUGCCUUGGCUGGUAUGCUAACCUAAUGGGAACUCAGCAUUGCACCCAUGCUAUCAGAUACUCAAACACACAUACACACACACACACACACACACACACACACACCAUAGAAAAACACCCAGACCUGUCUAGAAGCACCUCCCUCUCUCUCUCCCUCCCUCCCUCCCUUUCUACUUCCCCCUCCCCACCACAGUCUCUUGCUAGUGGACAGAGAUGGCCCUGGGGGUCCUGAGUGGAUUCUAUAUUCUAUAUUGUGUGUGUUUUGAGGGGUGGGAGGGGGGAACAUGCACAUAUAAUUGCCAAAAUAAAUGGAUAAUCCCGGGUGGGGAGGGGGGAGGGGAAGGGUGGCACUAGGGUGAAGGGGGAGGAAUCUUGCUUCUUUUUCUCUUUGUCUCACCUUCCCUUUUAUCCCCACCCUGUCCCUGUUGCAAUCUGCCUAUAGGAGGUGACAGAUGUGGCCACACAGGUGGUCCUUUCCCAUACCAAACCCUUCCCAUCCCAACUGGGAUUUCUGAGCCACCCCUUUUCAGAAGUGUAUGCCCCAUUGCGGAGCCAAUCGCUAACUGGGGGGUGGGGGAUAGGGGCUCAAUUGAGACCUCCCUACCAUGAAAACCCUUAAAAAGGAGAGUGGGUGACAAAGAGUUAACUUCUCCCCCCCCCCUUAUGGUGUUGGGGUGGGGAGGAAAACCCAAAGAUAUGACAGUUCCCAGCCAACCAGGCACCUGUUGCCUAGGCAACUCACCAGCUCUGCCUCUGUUGAUUGGCUGCCAUUGUGGAAGUCAGCCAGGAGUUAAAGGGAUGUUAACAAUUGCUCUUUCAAAAAACCACCAAUCCCACUGUGGGUGGAGAAAUAAAUCGCCUUUCUCCUCCCCAUGUUGUCCUCCCAUUGGCAAAGACUGGGGAAUGGGUGUGAGGGGAAGGUCCAUCACACUCCCUUGCCCUCUGGAAGUGGGCUUAUCAGAAUUUGGGGAAGGGGAGGGGGUAGGCUAGAUUUUGCUGCCCCACUGGGCAAAACACUUAUCCUAGGUCGUUGAGGAAAGUGCAGUUCUGAGCAUGACCACAAGGCGGUGCAGUGAUUCUAGCUCCAGACAGAAAGUUAAUAGCCCCUUGGGGUUAAGUAAGACCCCUAGAAAAUCGUUGAGAGCAAACAAAUCAUAUUAAGUGAAAUUUGCACCCUCCCCUGUCAGUCCCAGAGACUGUGUAGGUCCACAUUAUAUCUUUUCUUCAACUCCCCGACCAACAUAUACACACAGUGUCAUUUCCAUCCAUUAAUUCACUCAUCAUUCUUUCAUUCAUUCACUUCAGUCAUUCAGCACAUGUCUUGAACCUCGGACUAUAUGGCUUCCGAGGUCCCUUACAUCUCUGAGCCUAUGUUCUUCAGGAACCAAUAAAAUCAAUCCCUGCCCCGUUG